UUUUUGAUUUUCUUCCCCGGCCGCCGGAAUCGAGAUUAGGAAAAGAAUCGUUAAAAAGUUCAACUUCAAGUUUCAACUACCCGUCCAAUUGUGCAUGACGUCUAUAAUUCGCUUUUACUAAUAUUUUACUAUUCACUUUUCCCCAUCAUAUGUUUCUGUUACGUGUUCUAUGUUCACUAUGACUAUUCACUAUUCCACUAGAUUUCCAGUUCGAAUUCUGAGUAUUUGAAACAUCAAAUUUACGGUGAAAAUCAAAAAGUAAAAAUACCCAUCUACUAUCUGUUACACUCCUCAAAAACUCAAAAAUGGCUUGGCAACCGAAUGUCACCACAAUGGCCAAACAAAACAAAUCGUCGAUGUAUGUCGAAUACGGUAACCUUAUUAAUGAACUAGAACAGUACAUGCCACAGUCCAAAGCAACUAUUUAAGACCUACAAGAGCCCUCUCAGUCAUUCGUAACAAAGUUCUACACGGACGUGUUCAACGAAUUCUUCUGCGAUGUGAAUAAUUUAAUUGAGAUCCAUAUCAAUCAAAAUCUCACGUACAACGAAAUGUACAGUGAAACUGUACCAAUAUUGAACAUGUGCACAGCUUUGAAAUAUUUUUAUUCGAAAUUGGGAAUUGAUGAUUUUGGUUUGAAUGAUAUUUGUGAUCCGAGUUCAAAAAGAACAUACAACUUGCUGCAAACAAUGAUUAAUUUUAUAAAAUAUAGUGAUGAAAAAAUACAUGAAGUUGAUGCUAAAAUGAAAGCCGUUAGAAAUAUGAAAGAUACAAUUGAUAGACUUAAGAAGCAAAAGGAUAUCAUUGUAAACACAAUUAAUAAAAAGUCGUUAGACCGUAUACAACGAGGAGCUGAAUUAAAAACAGUCGCUGAAGAAGUGAAAGAUGGAAAAUCUGAAUUGACAAAAAUUCAAAAACAUAGAGAUGAUGUACUAAAAGAAUUGGAUAAAGUGAAGCAGAAACAAGAUGAUAUUGAGAAAAAAUGUUCAAAGUUGUGUGAACUAAAAGAUAAUAUCAUAAGAGAUAUAAAUGAUCUUAGGGCACAAAUUGUAGAGGCUCCAGAUUUAUUAAAAGCCGAUCAUGAACGUUUAAAAAGAUUGAAAAACGAAAUAACAGAAAAGAAAUCUGCAAUGAUGGCGCAAGUCAGCGCUAAAAAGCAAACUGUUAUAAUUCUUGAACAAGAACUAGCAGGCCAAGAAAAGCGAUUACGUUUGUUAACAGAUGUAACUGAAAAAAAUGAAAGACUUUCUAAAUUAAUUAAUGAAAUUGAAACAAUGUCACAAACAAAAUCUGAAUUAGAAGAGUAUUCUGAAAAUUUGAAGGAGAAGAUUGAAAUCAUGGAACGUGAACGAGCUGAUAUAAACAACAAAAUAAAUUAUUUUGGUAAAGAAAUGGAGAGGGAACACAAUUUACACAAGUCUAAAUAUGAUGCAUUAAAUAAAGAAAUUGACAAUAUGAUACAACAAUCUAGUCAUCAAUCUGAAACUAUAAAGUCGUUAGAAUUUGAGAUAAACAAAUUUAAUUUGCGUAAGAAUGAAUUGAAAACUGAAGUAAUUACUAUUAUGAAAGACUUUGAAAUUGCCAAGAAUGAUUUAAAUGAAUUACAAAAUAAUUUUCAACUGGAAACUAUUAAAAAUCGAAAAUUUAAAAACAAAAAUGAAUACUAUUAAUAUUUUUUAUAAUUUUUACUCUUUUAUGUUUAUAUAUAUUUGUUUAAUAAUUUAGUUACAUUUAAUAAUUUAUAAAUACAAAAAUUAUUAAUGAACUUUAUUUUCAUAAAUGUUUACAAUAUUGUUUUUAUAAUAAAAUAUACACAUUUUAAUAGCAUAUAAAUAU